GUGGGAGGUAUGGGGUUGAAGAAGGGGUGGGUUUAAGGCUUAUGUGUCUGGAACUGUCGCAGGUUGUUUAUUUUAUCUUUUUGUUGUUGGUGGGAGGUAUGGGGUUGAAGAAGAGAUGGGUUUAAGGCUUAGUUGCCUGGCACUGUAGCAAUGGGUCUUAACUGUUUUGGUGCAUUUGAAUGGUGUAAAGGGAAGAAGAGUCUCAGGGAGCCAGAGGCAGAAGAGAUUGCUACAAACAAUGUGAGGCUCUUCUCUUAUAAUUCACUGAGAUCAGCUACAAAUAACUUCCAUCCAUCAAGCAGAGUAGGUGGAGGUGGUUUCGGAGUUGUGUAUAGGGGCGUUUUAAGGGAUGGUACUCAAGUUGCUAUCAAGUGUCUUUCUGCUGAAUCUAAACAAGGAACACAAGAAUUCUUAACAGAGAUUAACAUGAUAUCAAAUAUCCGACAUCCCAACCUUGUUGAACUCAUUGGGUGUUGCAUUGAAGGCAGUAAUCGGAUAUUGGUGUAUGAAUAUCUGGAGAACAAUAGCAUUGCAAGCAUAAUACUUGGUUCAAAAGGUAAACAUGUGAUUCUGGAUUGGCCUACAAGAGUUUCUAUCUGCAUGGGUACAGCCUCUGGUCUUGCAUAUCUUCAUGAGGAAGCUGAACCACAUAUUGUCCACAGAGAUAUUAAGGCUAGUAAUGUACUUCUUGAUGGAAGCUUUCUUCCUAAAAUUGGAGAUUUUGGUUUGGCAAAACUUUUCCCGGACAAUGUCACUCAUGUUAGCACUCGAGUAGCAGGGACAGUGGGAUAUCUGGCCCCAGAGUAUGCCUUGUUGGGACAGCUUACUAAAAAGGCAGAUGUAUACAGUUUUGGGGUGCUUAUGCUUGAAAUAAUUAGUGGCAGAAGUAGUAGUAAAGCAGCAUUUGGAGAGGAACUAUUGGUUCUGGUAGAAUGGACAUGGAAGCUGAAGGAAGAAGAAAGACUUCUGGAAAUUGUUGAUCCAGAACUGACUGAUUAUCCAGAGGACGAGAUGAUGCGCUUCAUUAAGGUUGCGCUUUUUUGCACUCAAGCUGCUUCACACCAAAGACCCAACAUGAAGCUAGUGGUGGAUAUGCUGUCCAAGGAUGUUAUUCUCAAUGAGAAGGUACUAACACGGCCAGGGGUGUACAAGGGCCGGCCAACUCAUCAUGUGGAAAGUAGUCCACAGGAGUCAUCAUCUUCUCAGGGAAAUAAAGGCAAGCAAUCAAUAAAUCCUUCUGUGUCUUCAACCAGUUUAGGCAGCCAGAGUGUGACGCAAAUGCUUCCCAGGUGACCAAGUGUUUCAUAUAGCCCAUUGUUUUUAUUAAUGGUUUAACAGCAUCCUAUUUAUUGUACUUUUAUGGAAGCCUGUAACAUGUAUUUGUUUGAUAGUGGGCCUUUUUCCACUUAUGCUUUAGAAAUGUAUACGAAUGAAAGCAGAAACUGUGUCUCUGUUGCUCAUGUUUUUACAUAUAUAACUGGUCAUCAAUUUCUUACUCGAAGAUUCAAAAAUUCUUAUAUCCAA